UGCUCUUGUUGGGAGAUAGGGAAUGCCCGUUAGUUGCGUCUGCCGAUAAUAGCACAUCAGCCAGAGCGGUGCUAUUGGGAGAGCAGAGCACAGGCAGUGCAGAGGACUGAGCUGCUGAGCAGAGAAUGGUACACUAGAGAAGACAGGCACACUCAGAAGGAGACAGAGAGAGAUAUAGUAAGGGAAGAGGGUGCGCAUCAGAGAGCACGUUGAGAAGAGGAGAAGGAGCAGAGCAGUGGAAAGAGGAGAGGAGAGUGAGGAAGGGAGAAAAGUUACCAGGUCAGCAAGACAACGUGGAAGUGGAGCAGCUGAGAAUCAUUGGGGUCUUUCUCCCUCUGGAACAGCACGGCACAGCAAUAAGCAGCGCAGGAGGAGAGUGAUAUUACAAGAGGGGACAGAGGGAGUACUAUAACUUCUUCCUGGGAAGACAGUCCUGUCAUUAGGCGAGGGGUAAUGCUCCUCACAGGACCCUUCUGCACAGCUACUUCAGGACUAUCACUGCAAGACAGCAGCAGCAAGCAGAAGACACUUAAGCCUGGCAGAGGUGCCUGGGCAGUGCAGUUCUACUCACUUCUGUACUGAACACUUUCUUUACCCAACUGUGUGCUUUGAGGUGGAUGCAGCUGUGUUUCUGUGAGGCUUUUAUCUUUUUUUUGCUUCAGAGUGUGAAGCAGUGGAGAUUUGGUGGGUGACUUGUCCUGUCCUGUCAUCUCUGAGACUAUGGUAGACUGUGCGUCAGGGAGCCUUUCAUCAGCAGCUGCAGCUUUAGAGCAUGGAGAAGUCCAGCAGUGAGGAGUCAGCCAUUCACCGUAGCCCCUCCGUAGAUAGCCGUGACUCCGAUUUUGCUCAAGCCUCCACGUCUGGCCGCCCAUUCGGUGGCCGCGGCUUCACUGCCGGUGCAUUCUACGGCUCCACGGGGCCGCGCAAAAACGCACAGCAGGGGCAGGCUGGAGCAGCAGCUGACGCCAGCGCAGGAGACAAGACCAACAACAAGUACAGCUCACCCAAAGGCAGCAAAUACGUGGUCUUUUACCUGGAUCUAUCCUUUGUGUUCCUUUUAGAAUUCAAGAAGUGCAACAUGGCAAGAGGCUGCCUUUGCUGCUUGAAGUAUAUGAUGUUCAUCUUCAAUCUCAUCUUCUGGUUAUGUGGCUGUGGGCUGCUCGGCGUGGGCAUCUGGCUCUCUGUGUCUCAGGGCAGCUUCGCCACCUUCUCGCCCUCAUUCCCCUCACUGUCAGCUGCCAACAUGGUCAUCGCCAUCGGCGCCAUCGUCAUGGUAACAGGCUUUCUCGGUUGUCUGGGUGCCAUCAAGGAGAACAAGUGCCUGCUUCUGAGCUUCUUCAUUGUCCUGCUGAUAAUUCUCCUGGCAGAGCUGAUAUUACUCAUCCUGUUUUUCGUGUACUCAGAUAAGGUGAGUGAGAAUGCCAAGCAGGAUCUGAAGGAUGGGCUGGCUCUCUACAACUCAGAGAAUAACAUAGGCCUGCGAAAUGCCUGGAACAUCAUCCAGGCAGAGUGGAAGUGCUGCGGUGUGAUAGCGUACACCGACUGGCACGAGGCCCUACAGGAGAAGGUGGUUCCUGACCGCUGCUGCCAGGAGCAUUACCAGAACUGUGGGCGUAACUCCACCAACAUGUUCUGGAACAGGGGCUGCUUCGAGAAAGUGGAGGAAUGGUUGGAUGACAACAAGCACCUGCUGGGAACCAUAGGCAUGGUCAUCUUAGUAGUGCAGCUCCUGGGCAUGGCGUUCUCCAUGACGCUGUUCCACCACAUCCACAGAACGGGAAAGAAGUACGACGCUUAGCCUUGAGGGGAGGCACCCAGCGGAGAGGAGCCCCACUGCCUGAUGGGAUAAGACUCUGAUUUAAACACCCCUGCUUCCCCCACCCCACCCACACAUCACUUUACAACCUCUUUAAAGCAUCCUUUGCCCCCCCCCACCCCCACCCCUCUUCCCAGAUCUUUUGUACAGAUUCCAGCUGUGUCCCCGCUCUCUUCUUCUCUCCCCUUUCACCAUUCAUUUUGCCAAAGAGUAACACAACUGGAAGAGAAAGGACACCUACUUUUGGCAAGGAAGAGAAUCCCAUUGGUUGUCACUCCUCUUGAGUACAUUUCUAUUUUAUUUUAUUUUAUAUAUUUUUUGCUUGGACUAACAUUUUGCUGGAAAGAAGGACAGACUUUGAGACAAUGAAGACUUUACUAAUGCCCACACACCCCACUGAGAGGCAAAGAGAACAUAUGAAACUGAUGAUACCCUCCACCCCUUGUGGAGUUUUUUUUUCUUUUUUUCUUCAUGUUGAUUAAAGUCAAGCCCCCUUUUCACUUGUAAAUGAAAAAAGUUCCAACAUGGCAUGCUAGUUUUCUACUUUACAGAUUUAACUUUGUCGUCGAAAUGUCAAACGUCUUCAUUUUGUCUUGUUUUUUUUUGUAAGUAUGUCAUUGAUGCUCCUGUGAACACAAGUGUGAAACAGAUCGGUGCAAUGAGCUCUCAGACAUGCAGUGUGUUUGUAUGUGUGUGUGUGUGUGUGUGUGGGGGCGGUUUGGAUUUGACGUGACGUUGCUGCAGAGGGGCACAGACAUGUCGGGGUGCUGUUAAAUGUAAUCUAUGAUUCAUAUGUUUUUCAUUCGGCUAUAGAGCUUUGGGUAGAAUGAGCGUGUUGUAGGAACGUCAUGUGAGCAUGAGGAAUCAUCAGUGGAUUUAUUUCAUACCAAAUUCUGCAGUAUCCUCUGAAUAAUAAAUUGUAAUGCACAAAUCUGUCAGUGAACACACAGACACACACACACUUUGUACUGCCACACAGCAGCAGUAUUCCCAUUGGCUGUGAGACAAUACAAAUGGUGUAAAAUGGGCUGUUUAUUAGGGCCCCGCCAGGACUGUCGAGUGAAGAGAUCUGGGUGAUGAAGGUACCCCUUCGAGAAUACAUACUGAAUUUUUUGUGCGCGCGUGUGUGUGCGCAACAUUCGUUUGGGGUGUUUUAUCAGAUUGUCCAAGGUGCAGAGGAAAAAAAUCAGGCCAUAGAAACACACAGAAGCAAGGGCACAGUGGGCUGAAAACAGCAGACAUGUUGUCUCUGUGCUGCCAUCAAAUGCGUCAGUGGAAGCGGCGAGAGACUUUCUCUUCUAUAUUCUUGAGAUUUCAUCCAUUUGCUCUGCCCUCCUCAUUCUUCCUUUCUCCGACUGUCAGCCCCCUCUUCCAUUUCUUUUUUUUUUCACUCCAAUUUUCCUUCCCACAUGUCAGAAAGCAAUGAGCUUCACACUCCAUACGUACACAUAAUACCUCUGCUGACAUUCCUGUUCAUCACAAGGUUACACCUCAGGUCUGCAACUUUACCCAUUUUACUUACACUUCCUUUUCUAGCAGCCUCAGAGGAGGGGGCGCAGGCAGAUCAAAGCUGAGACAGAAAGGUAUGGCAACAUGCCCUGUAGGACAUGUCUGUUUACCACUGAUUUCUUGCAAGAGGCCUGAGCACAAGCCUGCCUCCUUAAAACUGAAAAUACUCUUAAAGCUGUGGCGACUUCAAGAAAAUGCCCUCCAGUGUGUGCACCCUAGGCUUCAAAAUGCCUGUGAGUAUAUGAGAGGCAGUGGGGUAAAGGACUAGCUUAAUGUUAAACGAUCUGCUUGGGCCAUCAUGUAUGACAACAACAUACUCACUAAAGUAAAUGCUGAGGUUUGAGAACAUGGCUACAACAUUUCAACAAUGUCCAACUUGGACAAGACACAAGCGAGCAGACAGGUUGUAAACAAUACAACAGUUUAACCAGAUUAGCUACCACUUCAUUCACAAAACAGAAAGUCUCAAUAUCAGUAGUAAUCCAUCAUCGCGCACACGUGGACUGUUCACUGUUGUUUUCUCUUCCAAAUAACUGUGGCUACUCUGGGAGUUUGUUUAAUGAUGACUGACUGCUAAUGUUCCAUAGGAUGAUAAUCAGAAUUGACAUGUUGCUUGUGAGACUGUGUCCAGUGACUUAUCUAAAUGAUGUGACAGCGUCCUUUUCAGUUGACACAAGCGUGACUGCGAGAAGCUGUUGGCAUCUUUCACAAUGGUUGAAGAAAUAUGCAAAUGCAUUCAUAGAAGUGUUUUCAAUUAAUCUGGCUGAUUAGACCUGUCCAUUGUGGGAAAUUUCACACUCAGAAUUCAGAUUGAGGAAAUGUGGGACAGUGAAAAUAGUGCACUAUAUAGCAAAUGGAGAUUUUGGAAACAGCCAAUUUUUCUGACAGGAAGACAUCUCCCUUUUUUUUCCUUCUACAACCAAAAAAACAGCCAUCAGUGGGUACAAGAGCAGACAUAUUUCAAUUGGUGAAAAAGCAGACAUCUUUUUAUAAAUGUUUUCAUUUUCCCAGAUCUCAGCAAAUAACUUGCAGUACUAUUAGUGAUAGGGAUGAUGGCUAAAUCCACAAAAAUAAGACCAUGAACUAGAAUUAGCCUUUAAUAGGAGAACACAGGUGAUCGUUUGUUUGCAGCUGUUGGAAACCGAGUAGAGAAAUAAUUGGGACCAGAAGUGGCUGUUUUCUAAAUAGUAUCCAAGGUAAUCGGUGACAGGAGAGCUUGUUGCUUUGGAAGAAGCCUUGGAACUCAGACACUGUGCAUUGCUGCUACAUGGGCAAACAAAUGACACAGCAAGGAAAUUAAAAAUGACCCACCAAGAUUCACUCAUUAGACAUUUUUCCAGUCAGGCAGCCUGUUUGCCUCUGAGUACCCCCUAAAGUCAUCCUUUUUUAUCAGUUUUAUAAUGACUUAAUCUGAGUGAUACCUUUUUAGGACGAGCAGGGUUCGUGCAUCAGGAAGCAACAGAUUUGGGCUAUGAUGUGCGGCGACCCUGCUGGCUGUGAUUCACUGCCUGCCCCCCAUAUGCUCCAACUCUUCUUGUUGUGUCCACGGGGGGAACAUGACAGCUGCUGAUGUACAGCGCAGGCACGAGUGGUCACAUCUCCUCUGCUUGGCUGCCUCCACAAACUCUCCACACAUCCUUUAUUUACUUCCUCGCUCUGCAGACACCCGGCACUACAUAUACAGUAGCUGGCAGGACUGAAGAAAUACAGCUGGGCUCUUGGGAUGCCUCGAAGCAGAUGUGAGGUAUAUUCUGCACCCGGGAGGGGUUGUAGGGGAAAUGGCUGUAACCGUUCUGUAAAUCAGACUGCAUUGUAACCUUACUGCAGGCAAGAAGUUCAGAAGAAACCCAAGAUAAAUAUUUAGUUGUGUUGCUUUGUCUUGCAUUGGGGGGGGAGUGUUUGAACGCAGAUGUCACUGAAAAUGUGACAAUGGCAGAAAUAAAACAAAUCCAGUGUCUGCCUCCAAAUCUGACGUCAAAUUUCAGAGAGCCAGCCUGCAAACCGUGGAAGUCUUUGCCCCUGACUGAUCUGCCGGUGCUGACAUUCAGACAUUUUCUGCUCCGUGUGAACUCCUUUUCAACUCUGCCACUAGUUUUCAUGGUUUUGUUAGAGAAAAUGUCGCUACAUGUUUCUUAGAAUGCAGGGAUGAAUGCCAUUUUAACAAGAGCUGUUUAAUGAUGUUAUUUUUGUACAUUGGUUGUCGCUGUUUUAAUGUUUGUUUUUAUACGAUAUACUGGUGUUUCGCUUGUUGUAGGCUGCUUUUACUGGCUUUUUUUUUUUCCACCAUUCGUGACACAGGCUCAUAUUCACUCAUUGUAAGAAUGUUACAUUAAGCAUUUGUUUUUCAGGAAUAGUCUUUGUGAUGUCCCUCUACAAGGUGCAAAAAUGCCUUUCUGUCUUAACAUUGCUACGGGCAGUUAAAGCAAUUAAGUCAGAAUUGAUAGAAAGAGGAAAUCUGUCAUAUAGCAUCGGGUGAAGCCCACAAAAGACAUACCGCACGCUUGUCGUCGUGCUUCUCUGUAUUAGGACCUAGUUUAAUUAAAUUAGGACGUGCUGGUAUAAUCUGCAGUAUGUCAUUUAAAACUGCCAGUGUAAGGCCCCAUUAUGUAUUUGUAGAGCAUGAUCUAUUAGACGACAAUGCACAACACAGAGCUCAUGUCACCACAGUGUAUCAGCCCUGUACGUUAGCCCCGGAUGUAAAUAUGCUAAUUUUUACAACUGAUGUAACUUACUGUCAUACUUUACGUCCGCCACUUGCAAUCAGUUUAAUUGCCAUUUUCUAGUUCUGAAUUGCCUAACAACCCAUGCUCUUCCACCUCUAUGUUAUCCAUUUAGUCACUUUUGAUUGGUUGUUUUUCUGCCUCUGGUUUCUUCUUUUAAAGUACAGGAGCAGUGUAAAUUUGAUGUAAAUUUGUGUUUUUGUCAGUAUGGUUUUCAUAUUUUAUUUGACUGCAUUUGCAUCUUGUUCUAAGAUACAUUUUCCGUAUGUUUUUUCUUUUAUAUAUAUAUAUACAUAAAGUAUUCCCUCUUAUCCAUGGAAGCACUACCAGUAAGCCACAGAGAUGGUAAAGGAAGAACGCACAUGCAGUAAUUUGGUUUUGUCUGCUGUGAAGAAUUUUGAGACAUAGAAACAGAUUUUUAUUUUCUUUUUAUUUGCCACCUUUGACAUAUUAUUUCUGUAAUCUCCUCCUAAUCCUUCCCCCGUGCUAAAGCUCAAUAUCUGAGCAGUGGAAAUGUAUGCUCUAGAAAUGGUGUGUUUGAUGUUGUGUUCUGCCGGGUGAUACCUGCCAGCCUUGUCCUGUGGAGUUUUCUGCUACAUGUGAAAGCACUCUGAAUAUCUAUACUAGGUGGUGCACUACCUUCUCUUUAUUCUCUAAAUCAACUAUUUUUUAAAUAAAGGAAAGAGUGUCACAAAAUUCCACGAAACCGUACGCUCAUUGCCUUUCAUGUUUAAUGACUCGAUGCUCCUGAUGUAUUCACUUUUUAUGUCACUGUCAAUUAUGUAGGCAGCAUUUAAACAGUGUUUGAUGUUUUGGGGUUGGAAGACAGGACUUGGCAGGAAGAGCAAAGUAGAGCGGUGUCACAGCAGAUCCCAUGGUGCAUUGAAUGAAAGAGAGUGGCAUUGCCGUCUUAAAAUGGCCUCUUUUUAAAAAAAUAACAAAACCUGAGGGACUGUUGUCCAAAAGACGCUGAGAUGAGCUAAUGGUAGUCAGGCAGUUAGGCAGACGUUUUUUUUUUUUUUUUUUUUUGUUUUUUUUUUCUAAAAGAACAAAAGGGAGAUGAUGAAAGUGGGAACCAUGGCCAAUUUGUCUUGUGUUUCUACAGCAUGGAGUGAGCAGAAGAGUAUUUUUGUAUGGAGCUUUAUCCCUUUUUAAACCUAAUUGUUAUCCGGCCCGUGUGUGAUAGUGAGUGGAGUUUACUGUGCCAUUCCAUCCUGGCUUUUUGUUUUACAUCACUGUUCCUUCUAUGCAAAAUAUGACCUAUUUUAGCCUUUGUACAGAUUAUUUUGUAUGAGUAACAUGUACUGAAAUAAAGUGAACAGAAUCAA